CAAGUAAACUGUCUCAAACUCUUCUGAAAAAUCUGUUACGACAGCUACGCAGUCUCUGUUUUAAUAAGAAUACUACAGUAUAUAGUACCAAAAAAUCUGAGAAAGCACCCACACUCUUUCACACACAGAUACAGAUAUGGCUUCCUCCAGCAGUCUCCAGUCUGAAGAGCAGUACCUGUGCUCUAUCUGUCUGGAUGUGUUCACUGAGCCAGUCACCACUUCAUGUGGACACAACUUCUGCAUGGCCUGUAUCACAAAGUACUGGAAUAGCAAGGACCUGUGUCAAUGUCCACUGUGUCAGGAGACAUUUUCCAGACGACCUAAGCUUCGUGUCAAUACAACAUUCAGAGAGGUUGUAGAGAAUUUUAAAAAGAUGAGAGAAAGAGGUAGAAAUGGGUCCCGUCCUAAACCUAAAAUAGUGCCCUGUGAUGUCUGCACUGGGAGGAAGCGCAAGGCCCUAAAGUCCUGCCUGGUGUGUCAGACCUCGUUCUGUGAGACUCACCUGGAGCCUCAUCAGAUAGCCUCACCCUUAAAGAGACACAAACUGAUCGACCCUGUGGUGAACCUAGAAGACAGGAUGUGUAAGAAGCAUGACAGACUCCUGGAGAUGUUCUGUAGGACUGACCAGACAUGUGUGUGUCAGUUCUGCAUUGAGGCAGACCACAAGACUCAUGACACUGUCCCUAUAGAGGAAGAGUGUGGAGAGAGGAAGGCUCAACUGGGGAAAACUGAGGCAGAAGUGCAGCAGAUUAUCCAGGAGCGACUGAAGAAGGUUAAAAGGAUCAAACUUUCAGUAGAUCUUAGAAAGAAAGAAGCAGAGAGAGAGAAAGCAGAGAGUGUGCAGGUCUUCACUGCUCUGGUGUGCUCCAUUAAGAAAAGCCAGGGUGAGCUUGUUAAGGUAAUUGAGGAGAAGCAGAAAGCAGUAGAGAGGCAGGCUGAAGGGCUCAUUAAAGAGCUGGAGCAGGAAAUCACUGAGCUAAAGAGGAGAAGGACUGAGCUGAAGCAGCUCUCACACAGUGAGGACCACCUCCAACUUCUCCAGAGCUUCCUAUCCCUAGUGUGCAACCCUCCACCCACCAAGGACUGGUCUGAUGUAAGUGUUCACAGUGAUCUGUUUGUGGGGACUGUGAGGAGAGCUGUGUCUCAGCUGGAGGAGACACUGAAUAAAGAGAUGGAGAAGCUGCCUGAAGUCAAACUGAAGAGGAUUCAGCAGUAUGCAGUGGAUGUGACUCUGGAUCCUGAUACAGCACAUCCCUGGCUCAUCCUGUCUGAAGAUGGGAAACAAGUGAGAACUGGAGACACGGAUCAGAAUCUUCCUGACAAUCCAAAAAGGUUUGAUCGUUUUGCCAUUGUUCUUGGAAAGAAUGGCUUCUCCUCAGGGAGAUUUUACUAUGAGGUGAUUGUUAAGGGGAAGACUUCAUGGGUUUUAGGAGUGGCAAGAGAGUCCACUGACAGGAAGGAGAAUAUCACACUGACACCUGAGAAUGGACUCUGGACUGUGAUGCUAAGGGAUGAGAAUGUGUACCAAGCCUGUACCUCCCACUAUAUCCUCCUCUCCCUGAGAGAGAAGCCCCAAAAGGUUGGGUUGUUUAUUGAUUAUGAGGAGGGUCAGGUCUCCUUUUAUGAUGUGGAGGCCAGGUCUCAUAUCUAUUCUUUCACUGGCUGCAACUUUACAGAGACACUCUAUCCAUACUUAGGCCCCUCUGGUAAUGAUGAUGGUCAAAACUCAGCCCCUCUCAUCAUCUCUCCUGUCAAUCACACACACUGAUUAAACAAAUCAGUUACUUUUCCAAGUCAUUACAUGUAUCGAUAUUUUUACAAAUUAGUAUAUAUAGUCAUGUUGACAUUACACAUUAUUAGAAUGUCCACAGAUCUCCUCUGAAAUAUUAUCAUCAAAUUAAAAUGGAAACUGUUCUGUACAUCUUAAUAUACCGAGUGCAUUAACCCCCAAUGUAAUGUUGAAAGAACGAGACUUGUUCAUUAUAAAUGGCUUAGGUUUUUCCACCUCAAACAUCGUCACAUUUGUGAGAUAACGUUAGCAUCACAAACCCAACCGUCAUCAAAGAUACUCUAGAAAGGAGGCAAUGCAUAAUUUGAUUUAGGGUUUUUUGCUGAGUCACGCGGUUGCUAAGCUAAUAGUCACUUCAAUCAACACAAAUUAAAUUAAAAAGUAACAAAAGUUAUGUUGCUUUAAUUAUUAAUAUAAUUUAGGUCUAAUGCUGACAAUUUUUCUCUCUCUUAACCUCUUAUUCUCUCUCAAAGAGAAGCUAAUGAAAUGGCACAUCCGUAGCCUUUGAGAUGGUUGUGGAUGUAGCUGAAUGUGAUGGAGGACCUACUUUCCCUUUGAGCUGGUUGUGGAUCAAGGUCAGGAUGGCCACGGUACCCAGGUGGAAGUGGGCCAGUCAUAGCAUAGAGGAAAGGAUAGGGGUCAGGGUCAGCUGGGAUUUAUUCCUGAUAUCCACCACAAGGUCGAGGAAAAUGGAGUUAGGAAAUAGUCAAACUGAUACAGGACAGACCUGGAUUCAAAUAGUAUUUGUUUUCUUUCAGAUACUUUGAGCGUUUGACUGAGCCUGCAUAUGGAGUGCCAGACAUAGACAUUUAAUAAUUAUAUUUCUAUGGUGCCAGAUUGAUGAUGUGGUUAUAUUGCACCUGGGAAGCUCAAUCAAGUGCAGCUAACGUAUUUGACAGAAGAAGAAAUAUACUUUGAACCCUGGUCUGAUACAGGGACAUUUCCAAUUCACCAGAUCACCAUCACAAACAUUUCAUUUCGUUCAAUAUAUUGUUUUAUUGUUGGGUAUAUAUACAUUAUUGUUUUUAUAUUUGGGUAUGUUGUUUUAUUGUUUGUCUCUCUUAGUGGAUAUCUUAAUGACAUACAGACACAAACCCAUGUCCAAGAUUGAACUGAUCCUCUCUUGCCCCACAGCUCUCACAAAGACAAGUGGAUAUUGACUGUUUUCAUUUUAUUUUAUUAAUCUGCAUAAAAUGUUUAGUAAUGACUUAACGUUUCCACAAUUUAGAUAUUGUCAGUUAUGAUCAUGCAUUGCCUCUGACAUUUGACAACUUCACUAUUUGUCUUACAGAAAGUAAUAUAAAACUUUCUUAUCAGAGUAAAUGGCUAUUUCAUGUUUGAGCCACCGUAGUAACAUGAUCCUUUUAACAGGCGAGGGAGAACACCUUGCACAAAUUUAGAAAAAAAAAAAAUCACAAACUUUCCAAAAAUGUCCAUGCAAGAAGACUUUAAACAAGCUCUAGACUGAGAUGGAGUUUUUUCAGACAGAAAGGUACCUGUUAAUCAUCUGUUAUGCUAGUCAGUUGUAUUUGUCUUACAGUUAGUGAGUGCAUAAUUAUUUUUUUUCAUACUGGUCCCCUGUGGAAAUCAAACCCACAACCCUGGCGUUGUAAGCGCCAUGCUCUACCAACUGAGCUACACGGGACUCGUCACCACACGCCUACAAAACCCCCCAAUAAAAUUCCUAGAAACUGGCCAUGAGUAGAUAUGAUGGUGAAAGCUACAUAUACGUACACAUACCAUACUGUUAGUUAGCUGUCUGUGAGUGCUGUUAAUGUAGAGACUAAUGACUACUUGGAAGCUCCAUUUGAGGAGAUUUGGGCGUAUGAUGUCCUUUGUAAAUGAGUUGUAACAUGGAAUGUUCCAUUCAAGGAUGCAAAGUUGUUCUUUACAACGUGUUUUGAUUGGAUGCGUAGCAACGACAAGGGGCCUUUCUGAAAUGCUGACUCACGUUACUAUGAAACAAAGAAUGAAGAGAGAUCAGCCAUGUGAAGGGUUAAUUAUGUUCCAGAGCACAGAGCAACACUGGGUGGGGAGGAGCAUGUCAACAUCACUUUAAGUGAAACUGAAGUGUUUAGACGUACUGUAUGUUGCGCACACAAGUAAACUGUCUCAAACUCUUCUGAAAAAUCUGUUACGACAGCCACGCAGUCUCUGUUUUAAAAAGAAUACUACAGUAUAUAGUACCGAAAAAUCGGAGAAAGCACCCACACUCUUUCACACACAGAUACAGGUGAGUAGAGAUUAACAAGGGCAGGUGAAGAUAAAUUCUACUGUGUGAAUUCUUGCAUUCUACUGUUUUCUUUAUCAACUACAAUACUCUCUGUAUGUUUAACUUUAUUUUGAAAAUUGACUAA